GUGGAGGCAUUGGAACUGCGUUUCGGCGCAGGCCACAGAGACGCUGACACGGCGAGGUACAUUUCCCGCGCGCGGCGUCACAACUUGCUGCAAACUCUCCUUCUACAGUCCAUAUGACACAUCCAUUGUAAUACUGAUGAAGUGUUCUACCUGAUUGCAUACCGCUCUGACGAGCGACUGAUGACGAUGGUCCAGGACAGCAUGAUACAAGCGCUGGACGCGCUGCCGGUCCCAGCAGUGGCUGCAUCAGUAGUCGCCGUAAUAAUCACGACCGUUCUUCUGGCUGUGUUUCGGAGUCGGCCUGGCGAUGCGCCCUCGGUGCCCGGUCUUCCGCUUCUGGGUUCUGCCAUGGCGCUCGGGCGACAUGGCGUUGCGUUUAUAAACAAGUGCCGCCAACAGUUCGGUAACAGCUUCUCGUUGAGCCUGGCGGGUGUGAAGAUGACGUUCCUGUUCGACCCCCAGCACAUCGACUACUUCUUUGGGGCGCCGGACAGCAAGAUUACCUUCAGGCCCGCAGUGGAGCAGUUCACACAGCGCGUGUUCGGACUCACCUCGCGCCUGUUCUUCCCACUGCACUUCAAGAUGCUCACGGAGCUGCGCCACCUGCUGGUGCCCGCCAGCAUAGCAGCCCACAUGCAGGCGCUGGGCGGCCGGGUUCUGGCGCUGCUGCCGCUGUACGUGCACCACCCGCAGGUGGACCUCUACUCGCUGUGCAGGGGGCUGGUGUUCCACUGCGCAGUGGAGGAGCUGUUUGGGGCGCCCUUUCUGGCGGCGGUGGCGGCGGGCGAGCUGGAGCAGCAGGGGCAGGGCCGGCAGGCAGGAGGCGGGAGCCGGCGGGGAGGGGGAGGCGGGGAGGGCGGCAGCGGCAGGGCGGCUCGGGGCCGGGGCGAGGGCGGCGCCAGCCCCAGCCCCGCCCUGCAGAGCAUGGACGGGAGCGAAAGCGAGGCGGAGCGGCAGCAGGGGCAGCAGGGCCCGGGCCAGUGGAUGCCGUAUCCCUGGCUGCCGCAGUGGGCGGGGCCGGGUGCGGGCUGCACUGGCGGCGGCUCCUGGUGUGCCGCUCAUGUGCAGCACCAGCGGCCGCCCGAGGGGGUGCACAGACUGGCCCGGGACUUCUUCGCCUUCGAGGACGGAUUCGAGCUGGCCGCCUCCCCCGUGCCCCACGCCUUCCAGCCCGAGUUCACUGCAGCGCGGCAGCGGCUGCUGGCGCUGCUGGCGGCGGCUGACGCGCGGGGUCUGUUCGCGGGCACCCUGGCGGGGCAGCUGCUGGAGCGGACGGCGGGCCUGCCGCCAGCACUGAGGCCCAACCUGCUGCUGGCGGUGCUGUGGGCCUCGCAGGCCAACACUGUGCCCGCCACCUUCUGGGCCACUGGCUUCCUGCUGCUGCCCGAGAACGCCCACCACCGCGCGGCAGUGCUGGCGGAGCUGCAGGCCGAGCUGAAGGGGGCGGUGUCCGCGGCUGGCUCGCCGGGCGGCUCGGCGGCGUACAGCAAUGAGGAGCUGGUGGCGGCGGCCGCGCGUGUGGCCUCCAGCCGCCGCUCCGCUGUGAGCCGCUGCGUGGCGGAGGCGCUGCGGCUGCGGGUGCAGAGCAUAGACGUGCGCAUUGCGGCAGACCACCUCGAGCUGCCACUGGCCGUGCAGGCGACGGCAGGGGCGGCAGGAGUGGCAGGGCCAGGCAAGGCCGCGACAGGCAGCAUGGGCGGCCAGGGCGUCAAGGGCGGCGGUGGCGACGUGCUGCGGCUACCUCGCGGGCGGUUGUUGGCGAUAUGCCCCUUCGUAAGCCACCACGACACACAACUGUAUGGCGGCGCGGCGGCGGCGGCUGCUGCUGCUGCUGCUGGGUGCCCCGCGGUCACGGGCGCCGCUGCGGCUGGCGACGUGUCGAGUCCGUGGGCGUUCAACCCGGACCGGCCCGAGCUGAAGCUGGGGGAUGGCACAGCCGUGGUCAGCAGCGUUGCGGGCCUGGCGUUCGGCGGCGGCCCCUACCGCUGCCCCGGCCGCUUCUUUGCGGAGCAGGAGCUGGGGCUGCUGGUGCAGCUGCUGCUGUGGACCUACGACAUACAGCUCUCAUACACAGCAGACGGCCGACCCGCUAAACUGGCGGGCAGCAGCGGCAGCAGCGCCAACAGCGCUACGCAGGCUGCCGCCGGCGGCGAGGCGGCGGCAGCAGCAGCGGGGUUUGCUCCUGCUACUGCCGGGCCGGGCCAGCGCACGGGCCCAGCUUCGCCUGGGGGCAUUCUGCAGCCGCAGCCCGACCACCACGCCCUGAGCCCUGCCACGGCGGCUGCCGCCUCCCGCGCCGCCGCCGCCGCCGCCCUGGCCGCCGUGCCGCCCCAGCCCCAGCUGCGUCAGGUGGCGGGCGGUAGCUGGCUGUACGGCGUGCUGAGCGGCCUGGUGGGGGCGCGGGCGCUGGCGUGGGGGUGCGGCUGGUUCGACGGCGUGGACGGCCCUCUGGAGGACUUCCGGCACAGCGGCGACCCGGGCGGGCUGCUGCCGCCCUGCGACCUGAAGCGCCUGGUGGGCGUCAAGGUGCCGCGCCGGCCGCUGUGGGUGCAGCUGGGCGUGCCGCACUGGCAGGCGCGGCGGCUGGGGCUGGUGGGCGUGGCGCCCGCGGCCACCUCGCGCCGGUGGGCGGACAUUGGGCUGGGGUGAGGCAGGCAUGUGGGGUGACGGGCAAGGGC